ACUUGGUCACGUUUAGUUUGUAUUGUACAUCACGUGCGCGAAUGUGACUUUCAAUAUGGUGUUUAAUCAUUCGGUAAAGGUUCCGACGCAGUACAGGAAAGCCGCGGCUGUUCUCAGAAAAGCUAUAAGUGAGAAGAAAUCGGUUCGAGGUUUAAUUUACGAGCAAACACAUGCAAAAGUCCCAAAUUUGCUGGCGUUGAUGUCAAAAUAUUCCGACAAUAAAGAUGCGAUAGAGGAAGCAAUCGAGAAAACCAAGUUACUCGUCGAUAAUCCCCGAUUGGAUCCGUCUCUAGGUCGAAUACUUGUCGCUGAGUUGCUGUUUGGAGCUGGAAAACUAACAGGGCAGAACGCGAAACCUGUGGCGUGUGUUCUCUCCUACAAAGAUAAACUGCAAGAAGCGAUCGGAGGGGCGCCGGCAAAAAGUUCCAAGUCUGCAAGAGUCUCAAAACCCCGAUAUGUUCGUAUCAACACAAACGCUAUAUCCAUUAACGAAGCACAUGAAAUUCUGUCACAAGAAGGCUUCAAGCGAAAAGACGUAGGGACGGAAAACUACGAUGAAUUCUUACAAGCAAUUCAAGCAAUGGACGAAGAUGAGUACAUUGUCGACAUACACGUUCCAAGCUUGCUUAUAUUCUGUCCCAAAUGGAGAAAUUACUGGGCAAAGCAUGAUUUAGUGGCAGAGAAAAAGUUCAUGCUUCAAGAUAGGGCGACAUGCAUCGUGAGUGAGUUACUAAAUCCAAAGCCUGGAUCCGUUGUUCUGGACAUGUGCGCUGCACCAGGAAUGAAGACAAUUCAUCUUUCGAAUUUAAUGCAAAAUAGUGGUAAAAUCUAUGCCGUCGAACAGAAUGAACAUCGAUUUCAACUCUUACGGAAUAUGGUGCUUGAAGCCCAAGCAUCGUGUGUUGAACCAAUCAAAGGAGAUGUUCUUGCAAUAGAUCCCCAGCCAGAUGUAGAAUAUAUCCUUGUAGAUCCCUCAUGUUCUGGUUCAGGAAUGCAAAAUCGUUUAUCGUUGAGUAAAGAUGAUCGUGUUGAUGAAGAUCGAUUGCGAAGACUUGCAGGCUUGCAGAUCAAGAUACUUUCUCAUGCAAUGAGCUCCUUUCCAAACGUGAAACGAAUUGUCUAUUCAACGUGCUCACUCUAUGAAGAAGAAAACGAACAGGUUGUGAAACGAUGUCUGGGAUUGUGCCCACAAUUCAAGCUGUUGAGUGGCAAAAAGUGCCUUGAGCGUAAAUGGAAUAACUUUGGCAAUACGCAGUACAAAGGUAUCGGAAAAAAUUGCUUGUAUUCUCUUCCUGAUAAAGAUCUAACUGAUGGAAUAUUCAUGGCAGUGUUUGAAAGAAUAAAUGAUGAAUAAAAUACUAUCAUCUUUUUUAAA